GCGCGGCGUGAUGACGUUUCCUUACGAGCCAAAAAUGGCGAAGAAACAACGUGGGGAAGCAGCUUCGGCGUCAAAGACCGCGGAUAUCGAAGAACAGACAGAAGAUUUCAGUUUAGCUCUUGCGUCCAGUGACGAUGAGGCGCCCGAAGAGGUGACCUUUGAAGACUCAAAGGCUCAGGCUUUACGGAGCAUGAAACAGGCGCUGGACACGGCCAGAAGGGAAAAGGAGCUGCUGAAAGAGAAGAGAAGGAAGAGGCAGGAACUGUUCCAGGAACAGAAGAAAAGAAAACUCUUACCGGCUGAAGUGUUGGAGGAAAUCGACUCGACUCCUCCAAAGAAGCAGAGACAGUCUGAAGAAGAAGCUGAAGAGGAGGAGGAGGAGGAGGUGAAAGAGGAAGAUGGUGACAGCAGGAAGACGAAAAAGAAGAGUGGGAAGCUGGCGCAUACCCGAAAUCUGAAGGGAAACUACACGGUGACCACGGUGAAGGAGCGAGGGUCGGCCUCCUUCCAGCGGCAGACGGCGGAGGAUUUCAUCCAGUCCAGACUGUACGGACCAGGAAGCUGCAGGAGCACAAGUAACGAGCUGCUCUCCCUCCAGAACAAGACGGGGAGGAAAAAAAGUGCGGCGGUGCAGUUUGUGAAGAAAGACUGGGCCUGUAAAGAAAAAGCCAAAGCGGAGAAACUGAAGAAGAGGUGGAUCCACAAGCAGCAGAUUCCCUCCAGCUGACCGGUCUGUAAACACCUGACCCGGGUCAGCGCACCUUCGCUGCUCCUUCUGCACCCUGAAUGUACACCAGUCACGGCCGACACUCACCGACGCAGAGGAGGACAACGGUGACCAAGAUCGAAGCGAACGAUAGAAACUUACAGGACGAUGAGCAGCAGGAUGGAGGUGUGAGGUGACCCCCCAAACAGCCCAUAAAUUGAUUUCUCAUGAGCUGGAACUACGAGCCUCGUGCUCCCGUUCAUGAACCAGGACGUGAAGACAGUCGUUUAGAGUUUGAGGGUUUUUAUCUGUUAUAAUCUGAGAAUCAGCUGAGCUGUUGUCUGUAAAAUGACUAUUAAUAAACUCGUUAUAUUUUUUAAAACACACACACAGAGCUACUAAAAGGACCUUUCAGCUGUAAUCAACAUCGUUGAAUCAGCUCUGACAGAACAGCAGAGAGGAUCACAGUGUCAGUGAGGACGGACGUUCAGAUGCUCUGUACGGGGGGGGGGUCAGAGGAUAACUUGUAAUUUAACGCUGUAUAAAUAAAGUUGACUUACAAAGCCUUGAUAUGUUCAAAGCUCAGGAAAAGCUUCUAAGUGGACCCUUUGUUAAGAUUUUUCACAAUAAAGGCCGUUAUGUCGAUCAUGUGACCUGAGUCCUGGGUUAAGAACCACCGCUUUAAAUCAGUUAUCGCUGCUUUUCUGGGUUUUCCAGCAUUUUUAGUUAAAUCUUUGGAAUUUAAAUUGUUGAUUUGAUUAAAAAACUAAAUCAACGUGAAGUAGAGCCUGACUGACUUCAGCUUCACUAUUAGCAUAUACACUAACCGGCCACUUUAUUAGGUACACCUGUCCAACUGCUCGUUAACACAAAUUUUUAA